UUCAGUCGUUCGGUCAAACAAUGCAGCGCGGUCUCAUUGUCCUAAAACUGUGUCUAACUGCUUUGGCACUUAAAAGUUUGGAUAAAAGGGCCUUGCAAAAGUCACACGAAAAGUCGCAACUCGAGAAAUGGGAAGACAAAUUUCUAAAUCGCGACCCAAGCUUCGACCAAACCGCUUCUCUGGUCAACUUAAUAAGUAAGGUAGCUCUGGACGAGUUGUCCGGAUGUUCGGCCAUUAUCCUUUACGACAAGUUCACGGAGACUAGUAGCGACUUGCUCCUUGAAAAACUGUUCCGAACGUUCCCAAUCCCUUACCUACACGGCCAAAUCACCGAUAAAUAUCACAUGAAAGUGCCCAAGUUGCAAACAAGUCAGGACACUUGCACCGGCUAUAUCCUGUUCCUGAAGGACGUGAUGCGGAGCAAGGAUGUUGUGGGCCCCCAAACCAACAAUAAAGUUGUUCUAGUCUCGCGUUCGUCGCAGUGGAGGGUUUACGAGUUUUUGGCCAGCGAGCAGUCACAGAGUUUUAUGAAUUUGCUGGUUAUUGCGAAAUCGGAGAAAAUCGUUUCGUCAAGCAUUGCAAGACUGAUUUGCUUAGCAUUGCGUGAAGUAACGUUCGUUUUGUAGGAACUUCCGUACAUUUUGUACACACAUAAAUUGUAUACUGAUGCUUUGGGCUCAAGCGUCCACCAGGUGCUCACUUCCUGGAGGAAUGGGUCUUUUACCAGACCUGGAGUGAACUUGUUCCCCAAAAAAAUCGUCGAGGGGUUUGCGGGACAUAGGUUUAUUAUCUCGCUAGCCCACCAGCCUCCGUUCGUCAUCAAAAAGGAACUUGACGAAAAUAAUGACGUUCAGUGGGAGGGCAUUGAAGUCCGUUUGGUCAACCUCUUAUCAAAGCUUUUUAACUUCACGACUGAUUAUCGUGAAGCUGGACAAACAUCGAAGCUUGGGUCAGCUGAAUCCGUCACAAGUGUGAUUACGCAAAAUGGGGCCAAUUUGGGAAUCGGCGGUCUUUACAUAACCGAUACUCGUCUAAAAGCGACAGAUAUGUCUCACAUCCACUCUCAGGAUUGUGCUGCUUUUAUAUCUUUAGCUUCGACUGCUCUUCCUCGCUAUCGUGCUAUUAUGGGCCCCUUUCAUUGGACCGUUUGGUUAUCUUUAACUCUUGUCUACUUAUUCGCGAUUUUCCCGUUGGCUUUUUCGGACAAACACACACUUAGACAUCUCUUAGACAAACCAGAAGAAGUUGAAAACAUGUUCUGGUACGUCUUUGGGACAUUUACCAAUGCUUUCAGUUUUUUCGGGAAGGACUCGUGGAGCAAAACUGAUAAGUUUGCCACGAGGCUUUUGAUAGGUUUUUACUGGAUUUUUACAAUUAUUGUGACGGCGUGUUACACGGGGUCUAUCAUCGCUUUUGUUACACUUCCGGUGUUUCCGGCAACGGUUGAUUCACCGGAACAGUUAGUAAGGGGUAAAUACACAGUUGGGACUUUGGAUAAAGGAGGGUGGCAAUAUUGGUUCGAAAACUCGACUGAUCCAAUUACCCAAAAAUUACUAACACGGAUUGACUUUGUUCCCGACAUCGAGUCAGGCUUAAAGAACACGACCAAGGCAUUUUUCUGGCCUUAUGCCUUUUUGGGUUCAAGGGCCCAACUCGACUACAUUGUCCGAACAAACUUUACCACAAUGAACAAACGUUCUUUGCUCCACAUCAGCUCCGAAUGUUUCGUUCCGUUUGGCGUAAGCAUAAUAUACAAUAAAAAUGCCCUCUACAGCAAAAUAAUCGACCAAGGCGUGUUGCAAGCCGUCCAAAGCGGCAUAGUUGACAAAAUCAAAAACGACGUCGAGUGGGAAACAAUGCGCUCCGCCUCUGGAAAGCUCCUAGCGGCUAAUUCCUACGGCAAAAGCUUGAAAGCUCUAACCGUCGACGACCGAGCUUUAACACUUGACGACACCCAAGGCAUGUUUUUGCUCCUCGGCAUUGGGUUUCUCCUCGGUGGGGCGUCACUUUUGUCCGAAUGGAUGGGUGGGUGCUUACACUUGUGCAAAGGAAAGCGAAACCAGUCGGCCACAAGCAUCCAAAGUAACUACAGGUCACACGAAGUUCCGACACCGCGCGAAAAGUUGGAUUCGAUGCAGUUCAACUCGUUUGAAAAUCACAAGAUUGAGGAAGAAAUCGUUGAGGAACGCAACUGCAUCAUCCACCGACAGGACGAUGAUGAUAUUGAGGAACACAUUAAUAGGCUUUUCGAUUUUGAGGGGGUUUUUGGGGAAGCUAACCCCGACAGUCGGACUGGACCUGAAGAGGAGCUGAGUGAGGAAAAUGGGAAGAAAUAAACACGAAGCCAGAAAAUAGACAUUUAUUAUGUACACAAGUAAAAAUAAACACAUCACUUGCGUCACUAAGAAAUGACUCUUCAUCCUGGUCCUUUUCCCACAAACUAUGAUUUCACUUUCCUGGAAAAGAAACAUUUGUUUCA